CAUUCUACGCUGUCGCACCUCACUCUCUCAUCAUGCCUGCUGACGCACCCCCUGUCAAGGCGGCCAAGAAGGGCUCCAAGAAAGCCGUCGCUAAGACCGCCACCAAGACUGGAAAGAAGAGGAGAAAGUCCAGGAAGGAGAGCUACGCCAUUUACGUCUACAAGGUGAUGAAGCAGGUCCACCCGGACACCGGCAUCUCCUCCAAGGCCAUGGGCAUCAUGAACUGCUUCGUGAGCGACAUCUUUGAGCGCAUCGCCGGUGAGGCCUCUCGUCUGGCUCACUACAACAAGCGCUCCACCAUCACCUCCAGGGAGAUCCAGACCGCUGUCCGCCUGCUGCUCCCCGGAGAGCUGGCUAAACACGCCGUGUCUGAGGGCACCAAGGCCGUGACCAAGUACACCAGCUCCAAGUAAACUCUGCUGCUGACAUACCAACAACACAAAGGCUCUUUUAAGAGCCACCCAACCCAUCCAAAGAGCUCAUCCUGUUAUACUCUAUAACUACUCUACAGAACUCUAAAUAUUUAAAUGUUAUUUAUGCAAAAUGCUUUGUAAAGCAAGAUAAACCAUGAUUGAAUAUUGUCAUUCUUCACUAUACGUGUUUAUACCACCUCACUAGUGUUUGUUUUUCCAAAAUGAAAAUAAAUACAUUUCACAAUAUGAA